UUUGUGUCUUUGCUAAUAGUUUGCGGAAGAAGCAGAAGAGACAGGGGAGAGGUUCUGGUGGCUUCCAGAGAGUGGCUUAACUGGAAUCCAAAGUGAUAGCAUCGGAAGCGAUAGUAGAGGUCAUGUAAUGUAUCCCAGCCUCCUAAUUUUACAAAUGAGAAACUAAAGUCUAGUGAGGUGAAGUGACUUGUCUAAAACGGUUUGGAAGAUGACACACAACGCAGCUGCCUUUGUCCCUGGUGGCAGACCAGUGCGUGAAAAAGCAUGACACAAGUUUGAGGUUUGUGUCUGCGUCCUCAAGGUCAAGAAAUUAUCUCCUUGGAAGGCAACAAUACUAUGCAUGUUAUGAAUUGUGUCUCCUUGGUCAGUGAUAAAGAAAAUGGGACUAUCGCCACAGCAGCUGGAUUCAUGAUUGAGGAAACACCGCCCCCACCUCCUCCUCCUCCGCCGCCCCCUCCACCUCCACCAUGUCCAUAUUCAGAGGAAGUGUUUGCUCCCUCUCUUCCCCCUCCCCCACCACAUGGACUCCCCGGGGGCCCUCCGGUCCCUCCUCCCCCUCCAGAACUGCCCCCAGCAUCUCACUUGAAUGGCUACAGCCACCUCGGUAAGAAAAAGCGGAUGAGAAGCUUCUUUUGGAAAACCAUUCCGGAGGAGCAAGUGCGAGGCAAAACCAACAUCUGGACCUUGGCAUCCAGGCAGCAGCAUCAAUACCAAAUAGACACGAAGACCAUCGAGGAGCUCUUCGGGCAGCAGGAAGAUGCCACCAAGCCUUCCCUUUCCAGGAGAGGAGGAUCUUUAAAUUCGUCCUUCAAGGAAGCGAGAGAGGAGAUUACUAUCUUGGAUGCAAAACGGAGCAUGAACAUUGGGAUAUUUCUUAAGCAAUUUAAGAAGUCUCCUCAGUCCAUUGUAGAAGAUAUUCAUCAAGGAAAGAGUAAGCAUUAUGGAGCAGAGACAUUGCGAGAAUUUCUUAAACUGUUGCCAGAGUCAGAGGAGAUAAAGAAAUUAAAAACAUUUAAUGGUGAUGUGUCCAAGCUGUCCCUGGCAGACUCCUUUCUGCACUGCUUAAUUCAGGUGCCAAACUAUUCGCUUCGGAUUGAAGCCAUGGUGCUAAAGAAGGAGUUUUUACCUUCUUGCUCUUCUCUGUACACGGAUAUAAGAAUUCUAAGAAUGGCUAUACAAGAGCUGAUGUCAUGUGAGGAGCUGCAUUCCAUAUUACACUUGGUGCUACAGGCAGGAAAUAUCAUGAAUGCAGGAGGGUAUGCCGGCAAUGCAGUAGGAUUUAAGCUGUCUUCUUUGCUCAAAUUGGCAGACACCAAAGCAAACAAGCCUGGGAUGAACCUUCUGCACUUUGUUGCACAGGAAGCCCAAAAGAACGAUGCCAUUCUUCUAAACUUUUCUGAAAAAUUACAUCAUGUUCAGGAGGCUGCUAGGUUGUCUCUGGAUAACACGGAGGCAGAGCUGCACUCGCUGUCUGUCAGGACGCGGUCGCUGAAGGGAAACAUCCGGCGGGAUGAUGAGCUCCGUCAGCAGAUGGAGGAGUUCCUUCAGUUUGCUGUAGAAAAGCUGACCGAACUAGAACACUGGAAACGGGAGCUCCAGGACGAGGCCCACACCCUCAUAGAUUUUUUCUGCGAAGACAAAGAAACCAUGAAACUGGAUGAGUGCCUUCAGAUAUUUCGAGACUUUUGCACCAAAUUCAGCAAAGCGGUUAAGGACAACCACAACCGGGAGGUACAGGAGCUGAGGCAGCUGCGGCGGCUGCAGGAGCUGGAGCAGAAGAGCAGCAGUGAGAAUGACGUGGAGCAGCUGGGCAAGAAGGGUGCGGAGGACCUGCCCCCCUUCCUGCGCCACAGGCCCAUCAGCCCCUCCUGCCGACGCCCCAACACCCGCCGCUCCCGCCUCUCCCUGGGCGCCUCCGCUGACCGGGAGCUGCUGACCUUCCUGGAGAAUUCCGUGGGCAGCCCCGAGGAGGCCAACAAAUUCAACAGCUUGCCCCGGAGCAGCCCUCGGCAGGCCCGGCCCGCGUCGGCCUGGAGGGAGUCUGGGGAGCCGAGGGAGCAGGGCUCUGGCCGCACACACAGACCUCAGGCCUCCGCAGGCCAGGAGGGAGCCCCCGACCCACCCUCGGCUUCCUGUGGCCAGCUCCUCACGCCCCAGAUGGAAGACUCUGCUCCAGUUUUGCUCCGAACUCGAACUCGGCGCAGCGGGCUCAGCAUGCUCCAGAAGAGGAACAGCGAGCCUGUGGGCCUGGCGCCUCCCUGGUCCCCUCCACUCUCGCCACUCGCUCUGGGAAUUAAGGAGCACGAGCUGGUGACCGGGCUGGCCCAGUUCGACGUCCAGGGUCCCAAGGACCCAGAGGAGACGCCCCAGCGGAGCCCGACCAACGUCAGUCCAGUGGAGCUGGCGUCUCCGGGGGAUGGGAGCCUGCAACCCCUCGGAGCCGGCACUGGUGCUGGCACUGAUGCUGGCAACGGUAGCCUGACGCCUGUGGGUACAGGUGCCCAGGGGAGUCUCAGCGCCCAGGAGAGUCUCAGCGCCGCCCUGCAGGGUGACGGCGAGGCCCCUGACGAGCCCAGCAUCAACCCUGAGAACAAAGACCCUGGGCCUCUGUUCUACUUCUCGGAUACCACCGACUGCUCGCUGACCUUGGACUGCUCAGAGGAAACGAAUGCCAGGUCCGGGGGUGGGGAGCUGGGGGAGGCCGGCCAAGGGGAUGGCUCUGUGUCCUCUGGGGCAGGGGAGGCAGAUGGCAGCCAAGUGUCCUCCAACCCUCUCUCCAGCCCCGCUGGGGAGACCCCUGCUCCUGCUUCUGCAAAGACCGGGCCCAGCUGCAGGGGUGGCCUUUCCAGAGACAGGUCCUCCAAAGGGAAGGAAGUGACCACCCCAAAGAGAAACUCCCUCAAGGAGGCGUCCCAGGGAGCCCCCAAGCCUGGGGCUGUCCCGCGAGGCCAGGGGACAGCGCCCAAGCCCGUGCGGACCUUGACCUCCUCGGAGAGCGAGAGCAUGCGCAAGGUUGUGCCCAUCUCGAGGGCCAGCAGGGGCUCUUCCGGCUGCAAGCAGCCGCCUCGGGAGCCGCCCAGUGGCACCCAGGAGCCGUGGUCACGCCGGAACUCUGUGAAGGCACCUCGGACACGUCACCCAAGAGGGAGGGUCGGCUCCUGCGGCCCCCGGCCGGGCAAGGAGCCCGCCCUGCAGCCCAGGGGCUCCCUCAAGAAGCCCAGCGCCAAGCCCCUCCGGAACGUCCCCAGACAGAAACCCGAGGAAAAUAAGAUCUGCCGCUCCAAUUCCCAGGACCCCCAGAGCCCGGGAGAAGAGCCCAAGCCGCCUCCACCAACCCCCAGCGUCCCCCGUGUUCCGUCCCAGGUCCCUGGCUUUGCCCGAAACACAGUAGCCUCCUCAUCUCGGUUCAUGAAAACAGAUUCUCUCCCGGUGACCAAGGCCCCCGGCCUCACGCGGACCGUCUCCCACCGGCAGCUGAGGAUGAAGGGUGGCUCUGAGGAUGCGGUCCCCAAGGACAGCGGCACCCUGCGGCGGGCCAACAGCUCCCGGGCCCCCAAAAAGUGUCCUGAGUCAGCAGAAGGGCCCGGUGCCAACAUGGAGGCCUCUCUGAAGGGCAGGGGGACGGGGGAAAGGACCUCCUUCAGGCAGAAAGACUCCGGCCGGACCACACUGGGGAAAAUCCUCCACCCCUUAUGGAAGUGAUGGGUGCCUGUCCCCCCUCACCUCCUGGCACAUCAUGCGGACUGACUGCUGUGAAAGGCCAACACCGAGUGACUUCUACAUCAAGGGAAUCACCGGUGCCACCUGCUAGUGCUCCUGCCGCUGAAGGUACACUCCGGGAGGCCUGUGGGCUGCCACCUGCAGCGCCGACUCCUGCCGUCGCGUCCCCAUGCACCCCUGUCCUGGACCGGCACCUCCCGCACACACACCCCCAAAGUGUGCACAGGCACCUCUACGCCAAAACAGACUCAGGCGUGUGAGAUGGCAUUCGUACGCAACAAGUAAACAAGGAACUCUGGCCAGUUUUUAGAAAUCAGAGGCUUAUUUUUCAAUAUAAAAAUUCAGUGUUUUGGUUCCUUUUGCAGAGUGAAUGG